AUGACAGACCAAAAGCCAGAAAUGCACAACAUUCAACACACACAUCUCCAAGACUUCGUCGAAAGAAUCCUCAUUGCAAACGGCACCUCAGCCGCCCACGCAGCAAUAGUCUCCAAAUGCCUAGUUGCCGCCGAUCUCCGUGGCGUGGACACACACGGCAGCAACCGAAUCCCCUCAUACAUGGAGCGAAUCCGACAAAAAGCCCUUGAUCCCAGUGCCACACCAAGCAUCACCCAAGUAACGCCAGCAGUAGCGCAGAUCGAUGCGCACAAUGGGUUUGGCUUUGUAGCCGCGCGUACAGGCAUGGCGCGAGCCAUUGAAAUGGCGCAGAUAUUCGGGAUCGGGAUGGUCUCGAUUAAGCAUUCGAAUCAUUUUGGGAUGUCUGCUUGGAUAGUGCAGCAGGCAUUGGAGGCUGGGAUGAUGUCACUUGUUUUUACGAAUAGUUCGCCUGCACUGCCUGUUUGGGGAGGGAAGGAGAAGUUGAUGGGUGUUUCGCCAAUUGCGUGUGGAGCACCUGGGGAUGUGCCUUUUAUUCUUGAUAUGGCGCCUUCUGUUGCGGCGCGGGGGAAGAUUUAUAAGGCUUUGCGGAGGGGGGAGAGGAUUCCGACUGAUUGGGCGCUUGAUGCGGAGGGGGCUAGAACCGAUGAUCCUGCUGAGGCUUUGGGGGGUGUUAUGUUGCCUAUGGGUGGGCCGAAGGGGUCUGCGUUGUCGAUUAUGAUGGAUGUUUUCUCGGGGGUGCUUUCUGGGUCUGCUUUUGCGGGACAUGUUACCAAUCCUUAUGAUCCGUCGAAACCGGCGGAUGUUGGGCAUUUUUUGGUGGCUAUUAAGCCGGAUUUGUUCAUGACUAUUGAAGAGUUUAAGGGGAGGAUGGAUUAUCUCUACCAGAGGGUUGUUGAGUCCGAGAAGAUGGCUGGUGUGGAUCGGAUCUACUUCCCUGGGGAGAUUGAGAUUCUUACCGAGGAGAAGCGGAGGAAAGAAGGAAUUCCUUUUGCGGCAGCGGAGAUUGAAGCCUUGAAGAAGGAGGCUGAUUUGGUCAAUGUUGAGCAUUUGAAGUUGUAA